CUCCCAAUUAUCAUAUCAAUUCACACUGAAAUCAAACCAAAAAUGGAAACAAUAUUAAUAGUUUUAUGUUUCCUCUCAUUCCUGUUACUCUCCCCAAUAGCAUUGUCAGAGAAAUGCAACCCACAAGACAAAAAAGCGCUACUACGAAUAAAGAAAGAACUCAACAACCCUUACGUUCUAGCUUCAUGGGACCCACACACUGAUUGUUGUGAAUGGUAUUGCAUCGAAUGCGAUGAAAAAACGCACCGUAUCACUGCCCUCACCAUUCAAUCCUCUGUCCCAGACACCAAUCUUUCUGGCCAUAUUCCACCUUCAGUCGGUGACCUUCCUUAUCUUGAGAAUCUCGAAUUUCACAAGUUUCCCAGACUCACAGGCCCAAUCCAGCCCACAAUCGCCAAACUAACUAAUCUUAAAUAUCUUUUAAUCACAUGGACCAAUGUUUCAGGCCCAAUACCAUCUUUCUUGUCCCAACUUAAAAACCUCCAACUUCUUCACCUUUCCUUCAACAACUUAACCGGCCCAAUACCCCCUUCACUUUCCCAGCUGUCCAACCUCCUGUCCUUAAAAUUGGACCGAAAUAAACUAACCGGCCCAAUCCCAGACUCAUUCGGUUCUUUCAAAAAGCCCGGCCCAGACAUCAUCUUAUCUCACAACCAACUUUCGGGGCCCAUUCCGGCUUCAUUGGGCCAACUAGACCCAGAAAGAAUAGAUUUCUCGAGGAACAAGCUUGAAGGUGAUGCUUCGAUGCUUUUCGGGAGCAAGAAAAGGACGCAGAUACUUGACGUUUCAAGGAACUUGUUGUCGUUUGAUUUUUCGAAAGUGGAUUUUCCGAAACAGAGUUUGAUAUGGUUGGAUCUGAAUCAUAAUAAGAUUUAUGGGAAUAUUCCAGUGGCAUUGACUAAAGUUGAAAAUUUGCAGCAGUUUAAUGUGAGUUAUAAUAGCUUGUGUGGUAAGAUACCGCAGGGUGGUGAAUUGCAGAAAAGGUUUGAUGAGUAUGCUUAUUUUCACAACAAGUGUUUGUGUGGGCCACCACUUCCGCCUUGCAAGUGAAUUUUCUGAAGGCUUGCUAUGCUACCUUAAUCAGAUUAUUCUAAAUUUCCAAUAAAUAUUGUCUUUUUCGUAAUGUUUGUAGUUUUAUUUUAACGAGCCAUUGUGUUUUUUUUCUCUCUUAAACCUAUGUACUCAAGAUUAAAACUAUUAAUCUCAAAUCUCAAUCUAGGUUGAGAAAGUAAGAGGUACAUAAAUUUUAGUUUAAAUUGUGUUCUUUCGAAUAAAUUUUCAUCAAUUAAAGUUAUUAAUUACUUAAGUUCAAC